GACCAUGAUUGUCUCUCCGUACUCCCAUUUUCCGCGUUACUCACACUCACACGAAAACCUUUUUUAGGAGUACUCCUCCACUAUUUCUGCUUUUCUUCUCCUAGUCCUUCCUUCCUGCCCAUUACUAUACUUCCCCCCAAACCCCAUUCCAUUCCCCACCCUCCGCCGGAAAAUGGACACCUCCGCCCCACCGACCAAAUUCGCCACCGCCAUCCACAUAACAGCUCUCGACGGCAUCGUCAACGUCAACUCCCUCUUCACCCUCGCCGUCUUCAUAGGCCUCUCCUGGAACCCUCGCGACCCCACAAACGGCCUCAUCGACCCAAACAACAACCCCACCUGCGCCGCCACUCCCCAAAUCUCCGAAGACCUCGUCGCCUUCCACGUCUACUCCUUCAGCUCCUUCCUCUUCUCCAGCCUCGUCGCCCUGGGCCUCAAGCAGGCCAUCCGGAUCUCCUCCGGAUCGUCCCGCUUCCCCCGGACCUUCCACCUCAGCAGCGACCUCACCUUCGACCUGGCCUGGGUCAACAAAAACCUGCUCCGGGUCGGGUACCUGGUGUCCGCGGCGGGUUCGGUCAGCGGGUGCGUCUUCCUGAUGCUGGCUCUGAUCAAUGUGGUUCAGAUCAAGCUGGGGACGCUGGUGUGCGGGAGCGCGCACACGUAUGGGGCUGUGGUGCCGCUGGUGAUUUUGGUCCCUUCUGCGCUGCUUAUUUAUGUUUGUUCUGUUUUGUAUGCUUUUACUCGGUAGGUUCUUGUGGGUCUGUUAAUGGGUGGGAUUGGAAUUUGGGUUUGAAAUUUGAAUUUGGAUUGUGCAUUUGGAGUGUUAUAUGCUAACGGGAUUAGAUGAUUCUGUUGUUGUCCAAAAUUUGGGUCGCAAAUUUGGAAUUGGUAACGUAUAGAGCCACUGGUAUAUGUCUUA